GUCGUGCGAAUGAUUUGAUCAGUCGAGAUCUCGAGGGGUGUGUAUGCGGUCCGUGUUUGUGGCAGGUGCCAACACCAACCAGCAAAUUUAGCGACUGAUUCGACGGCCGAAAGUCACCCUCGUCCGAAAACAUGGAUCCGGAAGCAUUUCUGGACCUGGCCAACCAGGUCACCAAGUUGAAAAUGUUUCCCUACUUCGACAUCGCUCACUGCCUUCUCUGCGCCCUGACCGUGCGAGAAGACCUCGGAGCAGGUGCUCAGCAAUUCUCCAGGAAACACCCGCUGUCAUGCUGGCUUUCAUACAUGCUGGUAGUGUUCGCUGGAGGAAUGCUGUGCAACGGACUGCUCGGAGAACCGAUCUUGGCUCCAUUGAAGAACACCCCUCAGGUUGUGGUCGCUUCUGUUGUUUGGUAUUUUGUUUUCUACACGCCGUUUGAUGUAGGCUACAAAAUUGCCAAAUUCCUGCCCAUCAAACUCAUUUGUGCCAUUAUGAAAGAGGUGUACAGGUGCAAGAAAGUGUACGACGGAGUGACCCACGCUGCCAAACUGUAUCCCAACGCCUACCUGAUCAUGAUACUCAUUGGCACCUUAAAGGGUAAUGGUGCUGGUUUCACGAAACUGAUUGAACGACUUAUCCGCGGAGUCUGGACCCCAACAGCCAUGGAGUUCAUGCAGCCAAGCUUCUACACCAAGGCUUGCCUUGUGGCUUCCGUCAUUUUCGUGCUGGACAGCAAGACAGACCUGAUCUCGGCUCCUCACGCUCUUGUUUACUUUGGCAUUGUCAUCUUCUUUGUCUAUUUCAAGGUGUCUUCGGUGCUGCUUGGAAUCCACGAUCCUUUUGUGCCGUUUGAAAACUUAUUCUGCGCUCUCUUCUUUGGAGGCAUUUGGGACUCGCUGCAGAAGGUUCUUGGACGUGGUGGGGCUCCCAAAGACGGGGAUAAGGCUGACUCCAAGAAGAAAGACUAAAAUUACUUGCCAUUUUUUCAUCAUCUUAUGAUUUUACUGUUCUAUUGGAAGUUUUUAUUCCUGUGUGGAAAUCUAAAUUAAUAUCUUGCCAAAGCAAACUAAAAUUCUAUCGCAAAACAAAGAUAAAAUCUAGUCCACCAAAAAUGACCACCAGCCGAGGCCAAAUUUUGCCGAGGUCUAAUUUUGUUGGUCUCAAAGUCAAAAGGAAAAAAGUUAAAUCUUAAUCAGACACUAACAUCAAGUCACUCAUAAUUGAGUUGUAUCAAUGUAAAGAGGUAAAUUUGCUACAGGACAGAAAUUGAUUUGACUUUGGUGGGUAAUCGGGAUCUACGCCACUUUCUUUGAAUUUUUUACUGUCCUGUUUGCAGAACUUUGUAUCUGGAGUGGAAAGUGUAUGAGUGUAUGUAAAGUCCUUUCAAAGGCAUGUGCAUAUGAAGCAAAAUUUUAUCACAGCCUUGCUUCAUUUGCUACAAUUUUGUCGUUUUUGAGUGCGUGUUGUGUUUAUAUUUUGUAACACCAAUACACAGCUGGAACAAGA